AUGGCCGACAGCCCGACCUCACAAGCUGCGGAAAUAGCAGCGCCAGCAUCAACACAAGCGGAGCCAGUGCACGAGGUGGUAAUUGUGCCCGAUGUGCGACAUGGACCUAACGAUGAUGGCGAUGCCGACUCGACAUACGAAGUGCCCCCGGAGUCGACCGCUUCCUUGCGAUCGAGCAUCCUCGAGUUCCAAACAGAAAAUGGAAGAACUUACCAUUCACUGAGCGCAGGAAAAUACGUGCUACCAAAUGACGAGCAAGAAAGCGAACGUCUUGAUAUAGUCCAUAAUCUCAACUUCCUUACUUACGACUAUCGCCUCGCGUUGUGUCCCAAGAACAAUGGCGCAAAACGUGUUCUCGACAUGGGCACUGGCACAGGCGUCUGGGCUGUCGACUACGCUGAUGCGCAUCCCGAGGCCGAAGUCAUUGGGGUGGACCUGAGUCCUAUCCAACCUAACUUCGUACCACCCAAUGUUCGAUUCGAAAUUGACGAUCUAGAAAAGGAGUGGACUUGGGCUCACAAGUUCGAUUUCAUUUUCUGCCGCUCGCUGUCCGGCAGUUUUCCCGACUGGGAGCCCGUCCUUCAGAAGGUUUACGAUCAACUUGAACCUGGUGGUUACUUCGAGAUUCAGGACGGAGCGUUCCCCGUUGGAACUGACGACAACACGAUACCCAGAGACUCGGCACUCCUUCGCUGGUGCAAUCUCCUCGUUGAGGCCAGUGGCAAUUUAGGGCGUCCCGUUGACCAGGUCUACAAUUACAGCACCAUCAUGCGAAAGGUAGGCUUUGUUGAUUGCGUCGACCGCGACUUCAAGUGGCCCACGAAUACUUGGCCAAAGAACAAGCGCUUCAAGGAAAUGGGCAUGUGGUCAUUGGCUGCCCUUGACGCCGGUUUGGAAGGCCUGUCCAUGGCGCUAUUGACAAGAGGCCUGAACUGGACUAUGGAGGAAACCUUAGCUUUCUGUGUCAAUGUACGCAGGGAGAUGCGCGAUCCCAGAAUACAUGCCUACUGGCCCGUCCACGUGGCAUAUGGUCGGAAACCAGAAACUGUCCCAGCGGCGGCAACGGCUGAAGCUACAUCGAUCUGA